AUAGUGGCGACACGUAUCCGGCCACGUUAUAAGUUAAUCAUGAGGUGUAAUGUCAACUUGGCUCUCAACUUCAUGUCGGCGUAACAUUGGACCUUCCGUGUUUCCGUGUAUUAUUGUCUUUUAAUAUAAAAAUACGUUUGGAGAAGCUUAACUUUAAUGAUAGACAUUUGAGGGAACGAUUGAUUGAUUAAUCGAGGAUAAAAUGAAUUACCGGUCGCCGCUUUUGCUUUCGCUUUCAAUUCUCGGGCUCGUCUUCCGCGCAAGUGGUGUUGAAUUAACCUUCGAGCUCCCCGAUAACGCAAGAGAAUGUUUUUAUCAAGAAAUUGAAAAGAAUGUUACGUCCACUCUUGAAUUUCAGGUUGUUACUGGUGGUCAGUAUGAUGUUGACGUUACUUUAGAAUCUCCUACCAAAGAGAUUAUCUACAAACAAGUGAAAACUCAAUUUGAUUCGCAUACUUUUAAACCAUCUGUGUCGGGUGUUUACAAGGCAUGUUUCAGCAACGAAUUCUCCACGUUUUCUCAUAAACUUGUUUAUAUGGAUUUCCAAGUCGGAGAUGAGCCACCGCUUCCAGGCCUCGGCGAUCACGUCACUGUUAUGACUCAAAUGGAGUCUUCGGCUCAAGAAAUACACAGAAACCUAAAUCGUAUUCUUGACUACCAAACGCAUCAUCGUCUUAGAGAAGCUCAAGGUCGCAAAAGAGCCGAAGAUUUGAACGAUCGGGUUUUAUGGUGGUCCGUACAAGAGACCAUUGCUAUAAUUGUCACGAGCGUGGGUCAGGUAUUGAUUCUCAAAAACUUCUUCACAGAAAGGAAGCCACCGUAUUAGAGUAUUAAAUCGAUUUAGGUAAAGAAAUCUAUGAUAAAUAAACAUUGAUCAACUUAUAUCGUCCAUAUCCUUCAUUAACAUCCAAGCGACGGUCAAAGUUGAGGGACUUGGGUGCGACGUAUGGGAAUUAGAAAGGACACUGUUUGUGUGAAAUGUGAAAUUUAUGUGUGAAAAUCUGAUUAAAAUGUAUAUUUAAUUUUAAAUUUUGAAAGGAAUGUAUUUGGUCAUCACUGUUAAUUAACAAUUUAGUCAGUCUUUGUAACACUUGAUGAGAAUUGAAUGCGAGAUUGAGAAUUUGUGUGUGUUUUCUUAUAGUGCACAUGUAAUAUAAAACCAAAUUAAAACAUUUCUGAAAACA